UUACUGUUCCUAUUCGUCGUUCAUCUAGUAUAUCAAAAGAAUUAGCCAAUCUAUCAAUUUAUCAUGAUUCUCAAAUAACUAGUGGGAGAACAGGAUCGUUUUCUGAUAUUGAAGGUGCUCGUUCAUCAUCAUUUGGUAAUCAUCCAUAUAAUAAUCCACCAUCAUCAACAAUUGGUCAAACAGUAACUGAUAGCUUACCAUUAGAUCGUCUCCGUCCACGAACAAAAUCAGCUCAUCAAUCAAAUGCAAUACGACAAUCAAAACAAUUACAAAAAGUUCCUGAAGUCAUUCAAGCUUUACGUGCUCCAACAGCUAAUAAUGGUGGAAGAUCAGAACCAUCAGCAACUGAAGAACUUUAUCGAUCACGUUUAUUACGUUGUAAUUUUCUUUUAAAACCUGAUGCAGUUGGUUAUGAAUAUGCAAGACGUAUACAAGAAAUAAGUCAUGCAACUUAUACAUAUAUAACUAAUAGUAAUAAUACGAAUACGAAUUAUUUUGAUCAUGAUAAUGUUUCAAUGAUUAGUAAACAAGAUGAUUUUUUAUCACCAUUUCAUACAUAUAUAUCAAAAUUUUAUAAGAAAAUGUAUGAAGCACAUAGUAUAAGUAAUCAACAAGUGGAUAAAUUUACAACCGACGAUGGAAAAUUUUGUUUGGAACAACGUGAUUUAGAUGAUGCUGAUGAAGAUGGACAUACAAUUUAUCGUGGUUUAGCUGUACCAGUCGAUAUCCGACAAGUUGUUGAGAUAUCCGAUGGUUAUAAUUUGAAUUUUGAAACUUGGUCUGAUCUUGUUCGUGCACGUUCCCGUGCUAAUACAAAUGCUGAUCAAAUACGUACACGUAGUACUACGAAUGCAUCAAAUAGUUCUGGAGGUUAUUAUUUCUUAUUAAAUUUCUUAUAA